AUAUAGAAUGAGUCACAUUUUAAGAUAAGAUUAUAUUGAAUUGGUAAGGCCACCAACCACGGGUACUACUGUUACUCAUAUAUAAAAGGAGAACCAGACAUGAAUGAGAUGAUCGUUGCAAUUGCAUAGAAUUUUCACAACACAAUGGCAGACAAGGAAACCACAACAUUAACAGAGAAUGGAUCAUCAGAUUUCAGUUUCUCGCCGACGAAAAAUGCAACAAGUAGUGACGACAAGAACAAUGUGAUUGGGCGUCGUGGGCUACCGAUGAUCCAAAUUCAGAAGAAAGCAAUGGAAGUUCCGGAGAUAUGUCAUGACGACAGCACAACACCGGUGAAAGCUCAAACAAUUGAGGAGCUUCAUUCUCUACAGAAGAAGAGAUCAACCCCUAACACUCCAAUCAGAACACCAACAGCACAAACUGCAGGUGCAGGUCCCUUUGCCAAUGUUAUUAUUAUUUCUGAAGAGGAUCGCCAAAGACAACAACUUCAAUCCAUCAGUGAAUCGUUGGCGUCGUUGACGAGGGAGACAGGACCUAAAGUGGUGAAAGGAGACCCUGCAGCCAGUAAAUUAGCGGGUAGUCCACAUCAGCAGCAUAGCCCUAUUAUUUCAACAGCAGCAGCAGCAGCAUUUGAUGUGAGUGACAGUGCCCUCAAAUUCACUCACGUUCUCUACAACCUCUCCCCUGGCGAGCUGUAUGAGCAAGCGAUAAAGUAUGAAAAAGGAUCGUUUAUAACGGCAACAGGUGCAUUAGCCACUCUUUCGGGAGCAAAGACAGGACGUUCUCCACGUGACAAAAGGGUCGUUAAGGAUGAGACAACCGAACACGACCUUUGGUGGGGAAAGGGAUCACCCAAUAUUGAAAUGGACGAACAUACCUUCUUGGUGAACAGAGAAAGAGCAGUUGAUUACUUGAACUCCCUUGAAAAGGUUUAUGUGAAUGAUCAAUUUCUGAAUUGGGAUCCAGAACACAGAAUCAAAGUCCGAAUUGUAUCUGCAAGAGCUUAUCAUUCUCUAUUUAUGCACAAUAUGUGCAUCCGACCCACGCCCGAAGAGCUAGAGGAAUUUGGUACCCCGGAUUUCACUAUAUAUAAUGCAGGACAGUUCCCUUGUAAUCGUUAUACUCACUACAUGACUUCAUCAACUAGUAUAGAUGUGAAUCUUACAAGAAAGGAAAUGAUAAUCCUUGGCACACAAUAUGCUGGAGAAAUGAAGAAAGGUCUCUUUAGUCUAAUGCAUUAUCUCAUGCCGAAGCGUAAUAUUCUGUCCUUGCAUUCUGGAUGCAACAUGGGCAAAAAUGGCGAUGUUGCGCUGUUUUUUGGAUUAUCAGGUACUGGAAAGACUACUCUUUCGACCGAUCAUAAUCGGUAUUUAAUUGGAGAUGAUGAGCAUUGCUGGAGUGAAAAUGGGGUGUCAAAUAUUGAAGGAGGUUGCUAUGCAAAGUGUGUUGAUCUUUCAAAGGAUAAGGAACCAGACAUUUGGAAUGCCAUCAAAUUUGGUACAGUGCUUGAAAAUGUUGUUUUUGAUGAGCAUACGCGAGAUGUAGAUUUCUCAGACAAAUCUGUGACUGAGAAUACUCGUGCAGCGUAUCCAAUCGAGUACAUACCUAAUGCUAGGAUACCAUGUGUUGCUCCUCAUGCAAAGAAUGUCAUCCUUCUAGCUUGUGAUGCAUUUGGGGUGCUCCCCCCAGUAAGCAAGCUGAGCUUGGCCCAAACAAUGUACCAUUUUAUCAGUGGCUACACAGCAUUGGUUGCUGGGACAGAGGAUGGUAUAAAAGAGCCACAAGCCACAUUCUCUGCUUGUUUCGGUGCAGCAUUUAUAAUGAUGCAUCCAACCAAAUAUGCGGCAAUGCUGGCUGAGAAGAUGCAGAAGCAUGGAGCUACUGGAUGGCUUGUCAAUACUGGCUGGUCAGGAGGAAGUUAUGGAUCAGGCAAUCGAAUCAAGUUAGCGUAUACGAGGAAAAUCAUCGAUGCCAUUCACUCUGGCAGUCUCUUGAAUGUGAAUUACAUUAAGACUGAAGUAUUUGGGCUUGAGAUCCCUACAGCAAUAGAUGGAGUACCAUCUGAAAUCUUGGACCCUAUAAACACAUGGCAUGACAAGAAGGCCUACCAAGAUACGCUUCUGAAAUUAGCUGGUCUGUUCAAGAGCAAUUUUGAUGGAUUCAUGAACUACAAGAUAGGGAAUGACCAAAAGUUGGGCGAAGAGAUUGUCUCUGCUGGUCCUAUAUUCUGAUUGGAGCACUUAAGCUGGAAGUGAUUUUGGCGAAAACAAGAGAUGCACGCCGUGGAGAUUAAUCUUUUGAAAAGCAUCUCUCGCUAAUCACUUUCACUCUAAUAAAGUCUUCAAUGUGUUUUGUUUUUGUGUGCGUGUAUAAUGUUAAUGAUUGAGAUCCUUGUAAUAACAUGUUUCCCCUCUUGAAACAAAUCUCCUUCAAUUUGUGUUCCUUUUCACAUUUUCACCUUCUUCAAAAGGUAUCUUUUUGCUGAGUUUCAAUCUUCAUUAAGGGCUGAGAAUAAAUUCAUUAAAAUGUUAUGUAUAAGAAUGUUUAUCUUGUAUAGCGGUAGUUUUUACUUUAA